AUGACUUCUCUCAUUCAACAAUACCCACUCGUCGUCUCAGCAACCCUCAUCAAUUUGGUCCAAUACUUGUACACUGGAUUCAGAGUCGGAGGAGCUCGAGUUAAAUACGGUGUUAAGGCCCCAGCCACUACUGGCCAUCCUGAAUUUGAAAAGCUUUACCGCAUUCAAAUGAACGGUCUGGAAUUCUUACCAGUUUUGUUGUCAUCUUUGUGGUUGGCUGCUCUCACUUCUCAAAAUGAUAAAUUGAGUGGUUCUUUGGGUUUAACCUAUGCCGUUGGAAGAGUGAUUUAUGGACUUGGCUAUCCCGAAAAGAGAGGACCAGGAUUCUUGAUCUACUUCCUUUCCAUUGUUGGUUUGUUGGGUGUUUCUGCUGUUCAAUUUUUCAAAUAA